UCCAGAAGGUUCGAAGGGAAAGAAAGAGCGGUUCCUUGGAGCAGGCUGGAUAAGAUUUGUUCAAUAUCGGGCAUAGCGGGACCGUUAUUUCAAGAAUUGCAGAGGGAAACUGUGCCAGCGGCUUGUCCCUGCGUGUGGACAGUUGACGGCAUCUUUGUUGACGGCUGCUCAUCGCCAUCCUGAAGUAUGAAUGACAUCCUCGGGACUCCCGCGUAUCACAACGAGGAGAGCAAGAAAGAGUUUCAAAGUGCCAAGGACAAACCCGGCAUUCAUAUCUACAAUCCCAAAACACCGGUAGAACUGCAUCUCCCAGGAGGAAUACAAAAGUUCAACGACGUCUUAAUGGAAUGCACCUUCCGGAAGGAUAUGAAGACCGUCGUGUACGAGUGGUGGUGGAGUAAGAGGAUGGACUUCCCGCUGUUCGAAGUGACGAGUGAACAGUACACGGAGAACAAGCUCCAGUACUACAUCGAGGACUACAACACCAAAUCCAAGGACGUAGACAACAGGGACUUCUACUACGUCCUUGGGCAGGAAACGCGCACCAAAUUCAAUUACCACGUCAAGGACCGCUACCUCGUGGUAAGAAUCGACGGCAGGUAUUCUCUGCUUGAGCCGCUCGAAAGGUACGCUGAUGCCUCACCCUACGACCGCUUCUACAUAAAGGGUGACCUCGACAUAAAAUCGAUCAGAAUUCCUUACGAAGACCCUCUGCCGGUGCCUCUGUCCCUGCCUCUCACCUCAGCGGGAAUACUGAAAGGUGACCUUUACGAGAUAAAAGGGAAGAAUCCAAGGAACGCCGAAGAGUUUCGGCUCGUGUUCGGUGACCAGUCGCUGCAGGUUCCUCUCGGCGCCGAGCACGAGGAGUUCACCCUGGAAGUUAAGGGCGAAGAAGAUGGUCUUUGCACGGCAAAACUUAACGGUGUCGAACUGCCGGGCGUCGUCAGCAAGGGUCCCUUCCUCGCAGACAGAAUGGUCUUGGAGGGCGACGUGGACUUCCACUGGGUCAUCAUUACCAAACCUGGCGGGCCUGAAGCAGCGAUCGAAGACAGCAAAGAAAAGGAUCCAGCAAAGGAGGAAACCAAGGAGAAAGAUGAAGACUCUAAGGCCUAACAUGACAGUUGCGGCUUCAGCAAGGCCUAUCCGCCUCAAUAAAAAUAAACUGGGGUUGGAAUCAA